UAACGCUACUUUCUAUUUUUAGAAAGCAGUAAUGAAAAUACCUGCUUUAGCCAAGGAAAUAGAAUUUGCAGAUGUUAAUAAUUUCUCAGAGAGAUUUCUUAAAGCGGCAUCUGUAAUAAAGAAAAAUUUAUCUCUUUUUCAAUCUGUUUGUGACCAUGUAGAUACAAUUACCACUAUUAUUGAAUACUUAAGUGAUAUUGGUGCAAAGUUAAAACUUGACAAACACGAUGAAUACGAGAAAGAUGACAUAGUCUUGUUAGUAAUAUUUACACUGCUGAACAUAUAUGAUAUACAUAAAGAACAUGUAAUACAGCUGUUUUUGGAAAAUGCCAUCAUCAAAAAAUCUGUACUGGAUAAAUCGUUACAAUAUAUAGAUUUGUUAAGUGGAGUUAUAACAAAUCACACCAAUGAAAUAAUACUUCUAGCGGAUUCAGAUUUGUAUGCGGUUAUUAGUUACUUAAGGAAUAAAAAAUAUAUUUCGUCGUCUUUAAAUAAAAUUUGGGUUCAAGAACCAAUAAGAGAAAAAUAUUUAUGGCUCAUGAAGGAAUAUCUGAAAGAUUCAAUUAAUUAUCCCAUUCGUAUAUUUCGAACAAAGAAUGAAUUAUUUACACCAGCUAGUACAUCUUAUAAAAUGAACAGUAUAUCCAUAUGGACAGAAGAUAUUGUAUUUGCUAAAAACUUAGCAAUGUCUUUAAAUAGAGAUGUUGUGUUUAUAAAUUCAUACAUGGACUUCUACGGUGAUAUUGUACUUUUGCCAUAUACAAAAGUAUUUGACAAAAUGUUACAUAAACAGUGCAACUUUACUCUCGACAAUUGUAGAAAAACAUUGAGUGUGGACAGUAAACAUCCAGUUUUCAAUUUAUUUUAUGAUGGUAUAUGGCAACAGCCUGUAAAAGGUACAUAUUGGAUACAUAAUAAUUGUCAGAUGGCAAACGCAACAAGUGAAGAUGUUAAUAGAUGCAUUAAGUCAGCCGAAAAAGGAUUCAAAAUUUGGAGUACUAAGUCUGUCACUUGUAGAACGCAAAUUUUAUCUAAAUUUGCAUCUAUAUUAGAAUGCAACGGUAAAUCUGAUUUGGCAACUUCAAUGUCAACAUGGAUAAAAAUGUAUAAAUAUGAAAAUUUUUCAUUCUGCUCACGAAGUGAAGAAUUAGAAGUAACGAAAAUUCCUAAUCCAAAGGGCGUUAUCAUUUUGAAAGAGGAACAUGAAAUUCCUUUAUUUACUCGAAUGAUACAAAUUUUAACUGCUGGCAAUUCUGUUAUUGUGAUAAACAAUACAAAUUCCUGUAAUCUAACAUCAUAUUGUAACAUAUUUUCGGCAGCUGCGAUACCUCCAGGUGUUAUAAAUUUGUUGUCAAAUGAGAAUAUGCAAGAGUUAGAAUUAGCUUUAUGUGGAACGGAUUAUGCAAGCUAUGCAAAACAAUUUGUUCCAAUAAGUCAGCCGAGGAAUCAAGAAAAAAUGUUCAUGAACUUUACCACACCCAAGCAUAUUAUACUUCCUCUUAAAUAGUUGUAAUAUAUGAUAUCUAAUGUUUGUGACAAAAGUAUACAUAUAAACAUUAUAUGUACAAAUUUA